AAAACAAAACAUGACACCACUAACAAUGACAAAAUUUAAACGCAAUUACACACGUACAUAUGCUUGUAUGUAUCUAUCUUUUUUAGGAAAUAAAUUUUGGUAAAAGUAAUACAAAUGUCGUUCAUAUCCUAACAUACUUCAGUGCAAAAUAUUAUACAAUAUAUAACUACAAGUACAAACCCAAGUAGUUAUUGUGAAUCAUUAUGCUGCCCUAUCCACUAAUUCUAAACUGUCCACAAAGCUGAGGUAUUUUAGGAAACACCUAUUUAAUUCAAAUCAAACCCAUUUUGUUAUGACGGAGACUGACAGUGGUCUAAUUACACAAAAAAAUCAAUUUCGUAAAAAUUGACGUUAUGCUUUUUUGUCUAGUCCGUCAUAAGUGUACAUAUGUACACCUAACAUGCAUGUGUAUGAACAUACAGUUAGAACAUAAAGCAAAUUAUGAAUUGUUAAUACAUUGAAUAAAUUCUAGCAAAGGCGUAGUUAAGCGGACAGGAAAUGCAAUAAUGCGUAUUGACCAUUCGGAUUACUGACAUUCAUCGUCGCGUUGUCAAUCGCAACGGUUGUGGCUAACAGACAAAUUGGAAACGCGUAAUGGCGCCAUAUACGUGAUUUAUUUAAAUGCUUGAGAGUAUACAUAUAAAUACACAAUACCAAAAAAUUUUGAUAAUAAUAAUAAUUAACAAAAAUGGACUAAUGUUUGGGAAGCAUAAAUACUUUUUAAAUUAUUAUAGUGAGCAACAGGUCUAUCUUGAUACCAAAAAACGAAAAAAAACUAUGUACAAAUAAUUAAUAUUAAAGUAUUGAUUCAAAUACAUACAAGUGAUCAAGUGUAUUCGUAUACUCAUGCUUAUGAAUAUGGAUUUAUGUAUAUCUGUAUAAUAACGGAAUGACUGUCUCGUGUGCAUAAAACUAAUAAAAGCGGGAAUGCAUAAACUUGUGCUAAUUUAAAUCGAAAUCCGUAUGGUAUUGAAAACAUUAUUUCAGUUCACAACAUUAAUUCAACGAAUAAUAUAAAUAAGUGAAAUUUAUGUAACAAAAUAGGAAGAAAAUUAAAUAACAACAUUGUACAGUGGCUAUUACUAUCAGUUCAAAAUUUAACUUUAUAAAAUUUUAUAUAAUGUAUAAAAGCGGACAGUUGUCAAGUGUUUAAAAUGUUCCCAUCACACGUUGUAAACAAGGUGAAUAUGUGAUCUUUACAAAGCAAGAUACCACUAAUAAAAUUUCAGCAAAAAAUAUUUAUAUCUUUUAAGCAUAACUAUGUAAUUAAAUUCUACAGCAAAAUGCAUGAUCCAAGCUACGAUGUUAGUAACAGUAAAACCUCCGCGCACAAUAAAUACAGUAUAGAUCGAAUUGAGAAACAAAAACUUGAACAGUCCAGUAAAGAGAGAAGUUUGGAUAGUCAAGUAGAUUCCAGCAAUCGUCCCUUUCAUAUGCGUGUCGAUAGCGUUGAUGAUGAGAGCACCGCACCUAUAACAGAAUCAAAUUCGCGUGAGGACCUCAUUGCGAGUACUGAACAUUUUAGAGAGGCUUCGACAGAAUUUCCACGAUUCUUAUCAGUGCCAGUUUUACGCAACUUUCGACCAUAUUCUGAAAAAUUUGCAUCACGCCAAAUCUCAUCUAGUCCUGCGAAAAGUGAUCGAGUUUUACGUUCAAAUCCGACGGGGGGGAAAAUGCGCACUAGACGUCUAAGCCAGGACAGUGGAAUUGUUUCAGGACGUUUGUUUGGUGGUUUGGAAAGCAACAUUCUCGAUACAGUGGCUCCAACCAAACAUUUUGCCAAAUCGUCUGAUAAUUUAUAUAAUUUUUUUAUAAAUGAAGCCGCAGCAAAUGCCUACAAUCAACAGCAACAGGAACAAACAAAUGAACAAACAGUGAGUGAAGCAAAGGAAGAAGCCAUAAUACCAUACACAACCAAACCCACUGAACGACAGCCACCAGCUUCAAAAGCAAACUACACAGAAAAAUGGCUCAACUCGACAAUCUCCCGAACUCUAGAUCAUUUGAAGCCGAACUCCAUCGCUGUUCCACUGCCUACUCAUAUUGAAACAGAGUCAGCAGAGCCUAGUCCCACACAAGCAUUUGGACCAAAAGUGUUGAAUAUUGAAGAUAUUCCCGGUACAGCGAUGCGACGUGGUUUAGGUAUUCAUUUGAAUACGCCACUUGUUGAGGACACUUCGUAUAGGGAGGACACUGAUCAGUGUGAUAUGACAAACUCUAACGUUUUACAAAAUCAGUUUGGAUACAAGCAACUAGUACCCGUAUCUCGUAAGAGUUCGAAAAGCUCCGUGGGCGACAGCAGUUUGAGCGGUAGCCAUUAUGACAGUCGAAAUACAAGUAAAAGUCACAGUGCGAGUGGUGAUGAACGCGAUAUGCGUCGCAUUAGUAAACAAGACAGAGAGGGUCUUGAUCCAGAGUCCCUUAUGUUUCGUGAUGGGCGGCGUAAAGUUGAUAUGGUAUUGGCUUGGGAAGAGGAGGAUUUUGGUGUAAUGACCGAGGCCGAAUCUCGUCGUCGUGACAAUCGUCGCUGUUUUAUGGACAAUCUAAUUAAAGAAGGACUGGAAGUUGAGUUAGAAGACAAAACGCAGUCGUUUAAUGAAAAAACAUAUUUUCUAAAAAUUCAUUUACCUUGGCGCCUGGAGACGCGACUGGCGGAAGUCAUGAACUUAAAGUUGCCGAUCAAGCGGUUCAUUACGAUAUCAGUAAAAGCGUCCUGGGACGAUGAGAAUGUGGUGGCACGCAAUGUCCACUACUGGAAGUCUCUCUGGAAUCGGCUAACCCGGAAAAUUCAGCUUGAUCAAAGCGUUUUGGAAGGGGAAACAACGUUCAAAGCUUCUACUGCCAAUGGUAAUGCUGAGGAACAAUUUAUUGUCAAAGAUCGUGCCACAGCGUAUACGAGUGCCCAACGUUCUCUAAUGGUUAUGCAGGUGCUUAUUCGUACCCCUUUCGACGAUAGUGACCGUGUUGGGAUUCGACGUUUACUCAAUGAUUCCACUUAUUUGGCUUGCUUUCCAUUGCACGAAGGUCGUUAUGAUCGUCCACACUCUAGUGGGGUCUCAUUUGACCGCCGCAUUUUAUAUCUCACGUGGGCUCAUCCUUCUCAGUGGUACAAAAAGCAACCUUUGUGUUUGGUUCGCAAGUACUUUGGCGAUAAGAUAGCUCUAUAUUUUUGCUGGCUGGGUUUCUACACGGAGAUGUUGGUUUAUCCGGCAGUUGUGGGCACUUUGUGUUUCCUUUACGGGCUUGCAUCUCUGGACUCGGAAGAUAAUACUCCAAGUAAGGAAAUUUGUAAUGAAUUCGGGACUGGCAAUAUUACACUCUGUCCGCUGUGCGAUAAGGCCUGUAGUUAUCAGCAUUUGUACGAGUCUUGCUUGUUUUCUCGCUUGACAUACCUCUUCGACAAUCCUUCUACAGUAUUUUUUGCUAUAUUUAUGUCAUUUUGGGCAACGACAUUUCUGGAGUUAUGGAAACGCAAGCAGUCUGUGAUUGUCUGGGAAUGGGACUUACACAAUGUAGAAUCUGAUGAAGAAAAUCGUCCAGAGUUUGAAACAAAUGCCACUACAUUCCGUAUGAAUCCAGUGACACGAGAGAAGGAACCCUAUAUGUCUACAUGGAGCCGAGCAAUACGGUUCGUCAUCACCGGUAGUGCGGUCUUAUUUAUGAUCUCGGUGGUUUUGUCCGCCGUGCUGGGCACCAUCAUAUACCGUAUUUCAUUGGUUUCAGUCAUUUAUGGUGGUGGUGGAUUCUUCGUAAAAGAACAUGCUAAAUUAUUUACAACUGUUACAGCUGCAUUGAUCAAUUUAGUUGUAAUUAUGAUAUUAACAAGGAUCUAUCAUCGUAUGGCCAUAAGGUUGACAAAUUUGGAAAACCCUCGAACUCACACCGAGUACGAAGACUCUUACACUUUCAAAAUAUUCUUUUUUGAGUUUAUGAAUUUCUACUCCUCGCUCAUCUAUAUUGCGUUUUUCAAAGGUCGAUUCUUUGAUUAUCCUGGCGAUGAUCAAGCUAGACGUAGUGAAUUUUUUCGUCUUAAAAAUGAUAUUUGCGAUCCGGCUGGAUGUUUAUCAGAGCUCUGCAUUCAGCUUGCGAUUAUUAUGGUGGGAAAACAGUGUUGGAACAAUUUUAUGGAGUAUCUCUUUCCAAAAUUGUAUAAUUGGUGGCGACAUCGCAAGCACAAAGCUGCAACCAAGGAUGUUACCCACUUACAUAUGGCUUGGGAGCAAGAUUAUCACAUGCAAGACCCCGGACGCUUGGCUUUGUUUGAUGAAUAUUUAGAAAUGAUACUGCAGUAUGGUUUUGUGACAUUGUUUGUGGCAGCAUUCCCAUUGGCACCACUUUUCGCGCUACUAAACAAUGUUGCGGAAAUCCGUUUGGAUGCAUACAAAAUGGUAACACAGGCUCGCCGUCCUCUAGCAGAGCGCGUUGAGGACAUUGGUGCCUGGUAUGGCAUCUUGCGCAUUAUAACCUAUACAGCCGUUGUGUCCAAUGCUUUUGUUAUAGCUUACACAAGUGAUUUUAUACCGCGCAUGGUCUAUAAGUUCGUAUAUUCAAAUACGAACACACUGGUGGGUUAUAUAGAGCAUUCGCUCUCAACUUUCAAUACAUCGGAUUACAAAGAGGAGUGGGGAGCAACAAGCAGCGAAAAGGAUCCGGAUGUGUGCCAAUAUCGUGGUUACCGAAACGGACCUCAUGAUCCUGAACCCUAUGGAUUGAGCCCCCAUUACUGGCAUGUUUUUGCUGCGCGCUUGGCUUUCGUUGUUGUCUUCGAGCACGUCGUUUUCGUCAUCACAGGCAUUAUGCAAUUUAUAAUCCCAGACAUACCCGCUGAAGUGAAGACACAAAUGCAACGCGAACAGUUACUUGCUAAAGAAGCGAAAUACCAGCACGGCAUUAAACGCGCCCAACAGGGUGAAAAUCAGGAUCUAUUGAGUAUUUUCCGAGAUGCGGGCAGUCGUAGUAGUGGUGCUACUUUGGGUACGAGUGGCUUUGUUGGACGUGGAAGUUGGGCGCGACGUUUCAGUCGACUUAGUGAUGGCUUAGAUGCACAUGUAGAAGUAGCGUCACGACCUCGUCGCUCAGUGGAGUCGACAGUAUGGGAGGUUUCUUGACACGAAGAAGAGGAAGAAGCUCAAGAGCCGAAAAUUGCCAAAAAAUAAUAAUACCACCAAAUCGUACGAAAAAUAUAAAAUGGCCGCAAAUAUUACGAAUAUUUGACUUAAGUUACGUAAAAAUUUGUAUGUAUGUAUGUAUGGUUUUAAUGAUAGGAUACUUAUUUAAACCUUUUCUCAUAUUGAUGCAAUAAAUCAAAUAUCUAUGCAUAUCAAAAAACGAA